AUGGGAUCUGGUCGGAGAAGAUCGAAAGGAGGUGGUGUAGAAGUGGAAAGGGAAGGACAGCAAUCUUCCGCUGUCCCACAAGCCACAGAACAACUUGAAGUGGUCCCAGCCACGCCUGCAAAGAAGAGAGAAAGGAAAAAGAGCUCAAAACGAACAUUAAAACCUGGAAACGUACCAUGGUCACCAAUAGUUACCGGUAAAGCUGGAAGAGUCCCAAUAGUUUUUACAAGGGAUAAUGAGUUUUUCUUCGUUGCUUCUGGUUCAACAAUUCGCAUUUAUUCGACAAACUCUGGACGAUUGGUCUCCACGCUCUCGUCUACUUCAAGUGAUGGCUCAAAUGGCACAACUUCUUCCUCUAUCUCUCAGCACACUGCAACAAUCACUGGCUUGGCCAUCAACCCUGCCAAUGCUGCUCAGCUAAUCAGUUGCUCGCUUGACGGAACAAUUAAAGUGUGGGAUUUCUUUGAUGGCAAUCUGAUGAAUACAAUCAGUCUAGCUCUACCGAUUACUCACAUGGCUACCCACGAUUCCCUGAAAAAUGAAGUCAUUGUUGCAGCUCGUAAACCAAGAGGAGAGGGCGAAAAGAAUGGAAAAUCGGACAAACACUCUGGAUCGGAUAAUGCUAUCCUUUUCAAAGUCAAUCUAAGGUAUAACGAUCGAUCAAAUAUGAAAAAGUCAGAGAGGCUAGGAAAGAGAAGCACAAUUUCAGAUAUGGCCAUCUCUCCCGAUGGACGCUAUCUUGUACUUGUAGGUCAUUACAAGAUUCACGUCGCCGAUUUGAGCACUUCCGAUCACAACAUGGUCAAAGUUCUCACACAGCAAGCUCUUACCCGAGUCACUUUCCAUCCUUCGAAUAAUACUUUCGCUACUGGACAUGCAGCUGGCCAUAUACGAUUGUGGUACUUUUUGGCUUCUGAUGAUGAACAUUUGUUCAGUAAAAUGGCUUCUGACAAUUCCAAAAAGGAAACGAUAGCGCCAAGCACACUCCUGCACUGGCACUCACAUGCUGUCAGCGCACUGCGUUUCAAUGAUAAUGGUGCCUACCUCUUGUCUGGUGGUGAGGAGAGUACCUUGGUCCUAUGGCAGCUAUCGACACAAGGAAGGGAAUACGUGCCAAGAUUGGGCGGUUCUUCGAUUCUCUCCAUCGCUACCCUCAAAGGUGGAAAGGAUAACGAUCGACCUGAUCAGUUUAUUACAGCAAUGGAAGACGGUAGCGUGGUGUUUAUUAGCACAGUAAAUUUGAAACCGAUUCGUAUACUGCAAGGUGUCCUUGCAGGUUCCUCACAUCAAUUGAGAAAGACGAUCGCAUCUGCGAAACGGUUGCAAUCUCUACCAUUGGCAGUAGAGCCAAGGACAAACAACCUCACUUUAUCCUCUGGACAUCCCUCCACCAUUCAAUUCCUCAAUACAAUCACAGAUGAUCAAGUGAUGCAAUUGGAGAUCGUACCUUCCAAUCGAGUUUCGAGACCAGGAAAAGAUCCGCUCACACAAUCACAUGUAGAGCAUAUUUGCUUUUCCCACGACAACGUCUGGAUGGCCACAGUGGAUGUCAAAGCGACUGGGGAAACUCAUUUAAAGAUCUGGCAAUGGUCGCAAAAUGCAAACACAUAUGUGCUAAAUACACGAGUUGAUGAACCUCAUGGUCUUGAUAAUGAAGUCUUGGCAAUGUCUUUUAGUCCUCAAUCAUACGGUUUGACAAAGAGAGGACCAAGAGGUACGCUGCAGGAUGCACCUCUUUUGGUCACUUUGGGCAGCAAGCAAGGAAAGUGUCGUUCAUGGAAAUGUACAUCACGAGAGGUGAAGAGAAAGGUAGAGACGUAUUGGUAUGCAAGGAGUAUUUUCGAUCACAGAGGAUUACCGGCAGAAGCAAUGGCGUGGAGCGCAGAUGGAUCUUUGCUGGCUAUCGUCCAUGGUGCUUCAAUCACUGUUUGGGAACCCGAUAGUAAUGCUUUAGUUCAUGUGUUCGCCUUGCCAGGUAUUUCUGAUGAAAUCCCCUCAACAGGCAAACAAGCAUGUAUCUCUUUUGCUGGUAAAGGUGGACGCUAUAUUGCCUCGCUGGUGGGCGGACAAUUGACCUUCUUUGAUGUUGUUUUGGGGCAAAUGAAAGAGUCAUUCGCUAUUGAAGAACCCGUCAAAGGUCUGUUCGCACUUGAUUCACAAAAAGAGGAAGGUGAUCUAGCAGUCAUUACAUCGAAUGCACAAAAGGCACAAGUUCGUGUGUACUCAUUUGAGCUUGCAAGAAAGGUCACCCUGACAAAGUUCGAUUCAUUGCCUUUUGGUAUUCGUCAAGUGAUCGAAGCUGAUUCGAAGUAUAAUAAUGGACUAUUUGCCUUGUUUGCGUUGACAACAUCUUUUGACGUUGUACGAAUCGGAAGAGAAUUGGAAAGUCUAAGACGCAAGGAACAAAAAGCAAACGCAUUACGCAAGAUUAACGUGAGAAGACGAACAAUCUUUGAUGAACUUUUGGGAAAGCAACAGGAUGCUGUGAAUACAAUUGCACCUCAACAAAAAGAAGUGGAAACAAGUCGAGCAAGUGAUGCAAGCACAUUGUUUGAUAUGCCAAGUCAUCUCUUACCGCCGCCGCAUCUGCUCUUUGAGCCAUUCAUGAAGUUCAUGUUACCCGCACGCAAAGAGGAGGAUGACGAAAGUGACGUAGAGGAAGCCGAUAGCGAGAUGGAAGAAGUGGAAAUUGACGGUGACAUUACCGCUCCAGUUAGCGUUGCACAACCUACAAAUACCGCUAGCAGAUUAGCACGUUUGGCCGAGUUCAACAUGGACGGUGUCACAGAGGCAUUUGCUCGAAUGGGAACAAAGACCGAGAGUAAUGGAACCUCAACCAUCAAAGUGAACGGACACAAAAAGAGCAACGGAGAAUUGACCCCUGCUCCACACCCUUCUCCGAGGAAGGAAAAGGCAAAGAAGGGCCGAAGUUCCAACGCAGCAGACGUAAGCCUAACGAGCAAUACGGGCUCAUCCCCUUUAGACCUCAGUAAACGAAAACGAAAGAAUAGCAAUACUUAA